AAUAUUGUAUGGAAGUAUUUCGUUGCCCUGCUAAUAAUUGAAAUAGCUUCAAUGACUUACAUUUACAUUUCAACUUUACAAUCGGAAAUCGAUUCGCUACAGCAUGACAGUGGUAAAAAUAUCCGUUCCCUGCGAUCGCAGCAGAAGGACGAAAAUAGAACAAGGAACAGAGAAACAGAAAAUAAUGAAGCAGAUUACCAAAUACACUACACUUUGAAACAGAUGAAAUUAAACAAACGAGGAACUAAAAGCGUAUUUCAAAAAGAGGAUGAUAGGAAUAAAAGAUCAUUGGUUAAAAAGAUGAAAUUAAACAAUAGAAAUAACACUAAGCCCGAACGACGAUUUCUUGAUCAUGAGAAUAUCCAAAAAAACACGUCUGCUAAAAAUACAACCAUUCAUUGUACGUUGUCAUUUGACGAAAACAGUUUAAAAGAAGCUAAAAAGACUCUUUAUUCACCUCGGGAACAACCUAUUUAUCUUUUCUACAUUCACAUAGAUGUAGAUAUUCAAAGCUUGAAUGAAUUUACUGCUGAACAGAGAGAUUCACUUUUAAACUGGCAGUACGUUUCGAAGGAUGAAAGAUUUCUUGUCCAGUUGCCUGUUGACUUUGAUUUGAUAACUUUCGAUAUACUUCAUGCAGAUCACGAAGAAACAUUUUUUGAGGUAAAAGCAUUUUAUAAUACAACAAACUGCUUAGAAGAGCCAGACAACGCUAUAAAAUCUCUUCGGUUUCAGUUAUGGAGCGAGCUUUUAAAAAAUGACACAAAUUACAAUCUAUGCCACAGGCACUAUUUAAAUGAGACUGAGCGUAAAAUUCUGUAUUAUAUUACAACUAUAUGGAUUGGUUAUGAUUUAACUUGUUCCGAGGCUCCGACAGAAAACGGCAUUAAGGCAUUUGAUGCUGAAAAAGAUCAACUUCCAUUGGUUGCUCCAAUGUUUUGCUUUUUACUCUCCCUACAGUUUGUUUGGAUUUUUGCAGUACUAGACAUAUCUAAUGGCAGAAUAAAAAGGAAAGUCGUUAAUCAGAUGAUACCUUUAAAUUCAUUUUACAAGAAGAAUGAUAGGCCUUACUCUGCUCAAAGAAUGAUCUUAACAUUAUUUUUUGGUGAGUGUUGUCGAUGUAGUAGUUGUUGUAAUUUGAAUGAAGAUGAAGAGUGUAAAAAUUGUUGCGAGAGCUGCAAAAUUGUUUUUUGCUUUAAUAGAGACUCAAAUAAUGGGAAAAAAUGUCAAGAAACAUGUACAAAAAAAUGCAAUAUGAGUUGUAAAGAGCUUUGUUGUUGUACGCGCAAUAUGCGCGAGGACAGCUACUGUAAGAUUCGUCAGAGCGAUGAAUGUACCGAGUGUUGUACGAAAAUUUGUACCACGUGUUGUACGAAGUGUGGUACGAAAUGUUGUACCGAAAAGGAUAAAAACAAAUGUUGUAAUUGGAAAAGUUGCUGUGAACGUUUUUUGAAAUAUAUAACGAUUUUAUUUUGUUCUCUUUUUCACUGCAUUUUAUGGCUUGUAUCUUAUGCUUUAUUCCUGCGUCCUAUUUUAUCAACAUUUACGUUUCUUUUACGUUUCAUAACUUAUUUUGUUUUUGUUGCCUUACCAAUCAGAAUUCAUAUUUUUCGGUACACGUUGAUAAUCGUCACUGCAAUUAUUUAUUUUAUCAAAUAUUUUAAUGAAAUUGUAAGCAUGAAUACAGAAAUUCUAGAAUAUAUUUUUGAAAUAAGAGAGCAAAAAAUUAUUGAAAACUUUUACUUAGAAUACGCCGAAUCUAACGAUAAUCCUAUUCAAAACCAUGGCAGCACAGAUAAAAGCGAUAAAAAGGACAGUGAAGAAUCUAAGAUCGUAAAUGAAAGCGAUAAGCAAGAGGGAGCAAACAAAACUCAAAAGCAAAAGGAUCAAAAUGGUACUACUACUUUGUCUGAUGGCGAAGAUGACAACAAAGAUGACGCAGAAUUGCCUAAUCCUGAUGAGGACAAUGAAAGUCGAAAACAAAAGGGUAAAAGUACAAGAAAUCCUACGGAAGUAAUCGAUAUUCAAAACCAUGGCAGCACAGAUAAAAGCGAUAAAAAGGACAGUGAAGAAUCUAAGAUCGUAAAUGAAAGCGAUAAGCAAGAGGGAGCAAACAAAACUCAAAAGCAAAAGGAUCAAAAUGGUACUACUUUGUCUAAUGGUGAAGAUGACAAUAAAGAUGACGCAGAAUUGCCUAAUACUGAUGAGGACAAGGAAAAUCGAAAACAAAAGGGUGAAAAUACAAGAAAUCUUACGGGAGUAAACGAAAUUGAAAUGACCGAACUCGUUAAGAAGAAUCAUGAGUCUACGAGCGAAAAUAAAAGUCAUAAACCAAAAGGCAUAGAUGAACUUCAACAGACCGAAGGUAUAGAUGAAGACAUUUUUGAUUACAUUUUCAAACGACUGCUUUUUGUACAAAGAAGGCUAUACUUUUUUUGCAUGAAAACCAUAAUUGUUUUUAUGUAUCUUUUCAUUACCAUUGAAACAUUUUUAAACAAUAAGAAGUAUUUAUCAUCUGCCAGUUUUAAAGAUGUUCUGGAAAUAACAUUAGUUCUCAUCGGUCCGUAUGCAAUAUCUGUAUUUCUGAAGGCAAAUGAUAAAAAUUUUCUUACAGAGGAAAAUAAACAAGAAAUAAGAAAUAUUUUCAAAACAUAUCAUAGAUUAAAGGAGAGCAAAACAAAAAAGGAAACUGCAAAUGGCAAAACUGAAUCAAAGUCCAAGAACAGCCAAGAAACUUUACCGACGAAUGUUGAUUCUGAAGAAGAUAAAUAUAAGCCACAAUGUACAGACGGACCAAAAUCACCGAAAUCUGAAGAAGAAAUAUUUUUAGUUGAAGCUGAAGUUUAUCCAGACUAUCAGACCAUACCGGUAUAGAAUAAUAUGUGAAAAAUACCUGUAUAUAUAUAU